CACAUCGAAUUAUUUUCUUCUGGCAGGUUAAAGAUAGUCUGAGGAAUGAUCCUAGGUACAAGUCUGUUAAGCAUGAGGAUAGGGAGGCUUUGUUUAAUGAAUAUAUCGCUGAAUUGAAGGCUGCUGAAGAGGAGACGGAGCGCAUAGCAAAAGACAAACAUAGUGAGGAGGAUAAACUAAAAGAAAGAGAACGAGCACUGCGCAAACGGAAAGAAAGAGAAGAACAAGAAGUGGAGAGAGUGCGAUUGAAAGCACGUAGAAAGGAAGCAGUUGAAUCUUAUCAAGCUCUUUUGGUUGAGAGCAUUAAAGAUCCUCAGGCAAGUUGGACAGAUUCAAAGUCUAAAUUGGACAAGGAUCCCCAAGGACGUGCAGCCAAUCCUAAUCUAGAUCAAUCUGACUUGGAAAAGCUUUUCCGUGAGCAUGUGAAGAUUUUACAUGAGAGGUGUGUUUCUGAGUUCAGAGCUCUAUUAGCCGAGGUUGUAACUUUAGAAGCUGCAGCUCGAGAAAAAGAUGGCAAAACAGUUCUUACGUCGUGGUCAACUGCUAAACAUCUUUUAAAAGCUGAUGCUCGGUAUACAAAGAUGCCAAGGAAAGACAGGGAGUCCUUGUGGAAGCGACAUGUAGAGGAUAUUCAGCGCAGACAAAAGUCAGCACCUGAUAGAGAAACGGAGAAGCACAAGGAUGCGAGAAAUAAAAGCUCUGUUGACUCUGGUAAAAAUGUAAUGGGAUCAAGAACUCAUGAUAAGAGGUAGUCAUUUUUGUGUCACUGUUUACCCGAUAAACAGAAUCAGACUUCUGAUCGGCAGUCAGUGUCUAGUGGAUCAACAAAAGCUAUGUAAAAUAGUGGUUUUAACUCUGGUAUCUGAGAUUAUAUUACUUCGGAGUAUCAUUUAAUGGAAAUGAUUUUUGUUAUUCUUUGAA